UCGAUAAGAAGCCAUAAUAUAAACGGUUGAUAAUAAUAAAAUGGAGAAAAAUGACUUGUCUACCCAAAUAGCAUCUUCGUCUCCAACGAAUGCUAAUCCUAUUUUAGCGAAUUAUUCUUCAGAGAGCGCUCAUAAAAAAGAUAUCUCAGAUUUGAUUCAACAAAUCAUGAAUAUAACUGAACAAAGCUUAGAUGAAGCACAAACAAGAAAACAUGCCUUGAACUGCCAUAGACUCAAACCAGCACUCUACAAUGUUUUAUGUGAAAUCAAAGAAAAAACUGUGAUUAAUUUGAGAAGAAAUGAAGCAAUUUCAAAGUUUUCUAAUCUAGAUAACAAUGGAUCAAAUAGUAAUAUGAGUGGUAAUGACAUGAUGUCAAUGAUGAUGGAUGAUUCAAUAAUGCAUCCAGAUCCUCAGUUAAUGAGAUUAGAUAAUAUGCUUUUAGCAGAAGGAGUAGCUGGACCUGACAAAUCUUUACUAAAUCCAUUUUCAUCAUCAAAUAAUUCAGACAAUAACAAUCCAACUAAUAAUGCUAUAGAGCAUUCUGACUAUAAAGCUAAACUAGCUCAGAUUAGACAAAUUUAUCAUUCUGAACUUGAAAAAUAUGAUCAAGCUUGUGCAGAAUUCACAACUCAUGUGAUGAAUUUGCUGAGAGAGCAAAGUAGGACACGACCCAUUACCCAAAAAGAAAUUGAAAGAAUGGUCUGUAUCAUACGCAAAAAGUUUAGCUCAAUUCAGGUACAAUUGAAGCAAAGUACAUGUGAGGCUGUCAUGAUAUUGAGAUCUCGAUUUUUGGAUGCCAGGAGGAAAAGGCGUAAUUUCAGUAAGCAAGCUACCGAAGUGCUUAAUGAUUAUUUUUACUCUCACCUCAGCAAUCCUUACCCAUCGGAAGAAGCUAAGGAAGAGUUGGCUAAAAAAUGCGGGAUCACCAUUUCACAAAUAUCCAAUUGGUUUGGUAAUAAAAGGAUCCGAUAUAAGAAAAAUAUAACCAAAGCACAAGAGGAGGCCAACAUGUACGCUGCCAAAGCUGCAGCUGCCCAAGAACACAAUGCUAAUCAGAGGAUCGGUGGCGUCGGUGCAAGGAAUAGUUACGGAGGCCUCGACGACUCCAUGUCCCCUACCAGUAACAAUAUGAACUCUCUCGGGUCCGGUAAUGAGUUAAGUGGCCCUCCCCUCGAUAUGGAUAAAAAAUUGAUGAAUGUUGGACAGGAAGAAACUGCCAUUCAUAAUCUUAAUCAUCAAAUGCAACAACAGCCCAAGAGACAGAAAUUAUGAAUUGGAAAAUAAAUUUUAAUUUAUGAUAUUAUUCGACACCAACUCCAUAUGUGUUUUCUAUUUUUUCCACCACCUUUAUAUAAAAUUUACCAUAUUUAUUACGUUAUAUUAGUAUACUAUAUUUAUAAUAAUAAAUA